UUUCUCCACAGUGCAGACAGGCUCUGGACAGGUUUGCAAUGAGGCGCUUCUAUGAGGACAAGGUUCUUCCGGUCGCACAGCCAUCUCAGAAGCGGUAUAUACAUUAUUUCAGCGGCCUGUUGUCCGGAGCCAUUAAGAUGAAUAACAAGCCCUUGUUCCUCCACCACGUCAUCAUGCAUGGCAUUCCCAACUUCGAGUCCAAAGGAGGUUGUCGCCCAUUUCUGAAGAUCUACCAAGCUAUGCAGCCUGUCUAUACGUCUGGAAUAUACAAUGUGCAGGGAGACAGCCAGACCAGCAUCUGCAUCACUAUAGAACCGGGGCUUCUACUGAAGGGCGACAUCCUGCUGAAGUGUUACCACAAGAAGUUCCGAAGCCCGACACGGGACGUCAUAUUCCGGGUGCAGUUUCACACGUGUGCCAUCCAUGAUCUUGGGAUCGUGUUCGGAAAAGAAGAUUUGGAUGAAGCCUUUAAAGAUGAGAGGUUCCCGGAGUAUGGAAAAGUGGAAUUCGUUUUCUCGUAC